UCGUGAAAAAGGCAUCCUAUUCUCCAUUAUUAGGACUUUAGGAUAGAAUACAUUGAUAUAUUGCUUGUGAAAAGAUGAUGGAAAAAAAAGAUGGAAAAGACUCUGUGUAUGAGUGUAGAUCGAAAUUACUGAUGGGAGGAAUCUUUAUGCGUUCCAACUCAUCUUCACGCGUUCUCUUUAGCUUUUCUUCCUCCUCCGGUUCUUCUUGCACUCAUCUUCCUCCUCCCUUCCAAGUUCCAACUCCAUCAGCAAAAGUUUAACUCCAUCCCCGACACACCGGAAGCCACCACUGCUGCGCCAUUGGGAGGUCACGCCAAAGACGCCACCACUUGCUGCUAAAAAGAAAACUGCACGCUAAGCCAAAUUGAGAGCAAGCACCAGAAAGGAAAGGCGAUGGAGGCUGCGGUGGUGAGCGUAUCGCAUGGCGCCAUGGCCUCCCUGCUCGGGAAGCUUGGCGAUUUGCUCACAGACAAGUACAAGCUGGUCAAAAGAGCCAAGGGACAGAUCAUGUUCCUUAAAGCUGAGCUCGAGAGCAUGCAUGCAUUCCUGAAGAAGAUGUCAGAUACAGAGGACCCCGAUGAGCAAGCCAAGUGCUGGGCGAAGCAGGUUCGUGAGCUGUCCUACGACAUCGAGGACAGCAUCGACGAGUUCCUGCGUCGCGUCGAGCGUGAGUCCAACAGCAAGCCACGUGGAUUUAAGGGGUUCAUGGAAAGGAGCAUGAACUUGCUGACAACCAUGAACACUCGAUAUAAGAUCGCCAAAGAGCUCGAAGGCCUCAUGAAUCGUGUCACGGAGGUGAGCCAGCGACGCAAGAGGUACAAGAUCGACGACGCUGUCUCAAAGCCAAACAGCACAACUAUCGAUCCUCGCUUGUUGGCACUCCAUGCAGAGACGGCGGCCCUUGUGGGUAUCGACGGGCCAAGGGACCAACUGAUUGAGCUGAUGAGUGAAGAGGCUGUGCAUGCGCAUCAGCUAAAGGUGCUCUCUAUCGUGGGAUUUGGAGGUCUUGGAAAGACUACACUUGCGAAUGAUAUUUAUUGCAAGCUAGGGGGACAGUUCCAAUGUCGAGCAUUUGUUUCUGUGUCCCAGAAACCAAACAUAAGGAAGAUUCUGAGAACUAUACUAUCUAAAGCUGGCUUUGAAGCCCCUAAGAACACCAACAUAGAAACAUGGGAUGAGAAUGAACUGAUUAGUGCACUUAAAAGUUUUCUUUUGGACAAGAGGUACUUAAUUGUAAUCGAUGACAUAUGGGAAGCUUCUGCAUGGGAUAUUAUUAGAUGUGCUCUUCCAGAAAGCAUGAAUUGUAGCAGAGUAAUAACAACCACACGAAUUGAGACCGUGGCUAGAACGUGCUGCAUGAAUCAAUCUGAAUAUGUUCAUAAGAUGGAGCCGCUUAGUGAGCAAGAUUCAAGAAGGCUAUUUUUCAAAAGAAUAUUUGGUUCAGAGGAUGCUUGUCCUCCAUAUUUGAAAGAAGUUUCAGCUGAAAUUUUGAAAAAGUGUGGUGGUUUGCCACUUGCAAUUAUCACAAUAUCCAGCCUUCUUGCCUGUCAGCCAAACAAAUUGAAGGAGCAAUGGGAGUACGUACGGAACUCUUUGGGUUCCAGCUUGGGAGGAUUGAAACAAAUAUUAAACCUCAGCUACAUAGAUCAAAUAUUAAACCUCAGCUACAUAAAUCUUCCUUGUUAUUUGAAGACUUGCAUGCUAUAUCUGGGUAUUUAUCCAGAGGACUAUACAAUUGACAGGGAUGAUUUGGCCAGGCAGUGGGUAGCUGAAGGUUUUAUAAGUAAGGCUCAUGGGAUGGAUCUGGAGGAGGUUGCAAAGAGUUAUUUUAAUGAGCUCAUCAACAGGAGUAUGAUUCAGCCUUUAAAAACAGACUAUAAUGGUGAGGUGUUGUCUUGCAGGGUACAUGAUAUGAUGCUUGAUCUUAUCCUACAUAAGUCCAGAGAAGAGAAUUUUAUCAGUGUAAUAGAUGAUAUACAAGAGAUGACAGGACAGCACGACAAGAUCCGUCGACUGUCCCUGCACUUGGAUGGUGCAAUAGAUGAGAAAGUAGUGCGAUCCGUCCAGCUAUCCCAAACGCGAACACUAGCAAUAUUUGGUACCUCUUCAUAUUUACCUCCUUUUCUACCGUUCAAUCAUCUCCGUGUUUUAAGAAUUGAAACUUCAGAUUGGUCCUGGAAUUCGACGUUACUUGACUUCAAUGAAUUAUGCCAUUUGUUUCAAUUGAGAUACUUAAAGAUCUCAGGGCAUGGGCAUACUAUACGAUUACCUAGUAACAUUGGGGGUCUGCUGCAAUUGGAAACGCUUCAACUUGAAGGAGUAAGGCUUGAAGAAUUUCCAUCGGAUUUUGUUCAUAUGAGCCGCUUACUCCAUCUGAUUUUUCCAGUGGGGACAAAAUUGCCUGAUGGGAUUGGGAACAUGAAAUCCUUGCGUACUCUGCACUGCUUUGAUUUGGGCAUGAACUCACAAGACAACAUCAAGGGUCUCGGAGAACUAACUAAUUUGACAGAUCUUCAAAUCAGUUAUAACAUUGUCGAAUACAUAAGUGAUGGUGAGUUGGCGGAGAGACGUAGGGAAGUUCUGCGCACUUGCCUUGAAAAGUUGUGCAACCUCAAAUAUCUAGAAAUUAAAUUUGAAUUUGAGGGUCGUCGCAAUUUGGAUGUAUCGAUUUCGGUACCUGCUGUUUUCUGCCGUCUCCAGAGAUUCUUUAUUUCCGAUUGCUGGUUCUCGAGGGUUCCUGAGUGGAUUGGCCAGCUCCAUAGCCUCCAUCAGCUGGUGCUUGAUGUUGAGGAGGUGUUGGAGGAUGAUGUUGGAAUGCUUGCAAAGCUGCCCUCCCUUACCCACCUUUACUUGCCGAUCCGAGGAGCUCCUAAGGAUAAGAUCAUUAUCCGUGGAAGUGGAUUCCCAGUUCUGAAGCAUUUUAGAGUUGGCUGUGGCAGGAUAUCGUGCCUGACAUUCGAGGCAGGGGCAAUGCCCGAGCUUGAAACGCUCCAGCUACACUUCAAUGCUCAGGGAUGGGACAGGUAUGGCGCUGCGCCUGCUGGUAUCGAGCACCUAUCCUGCCUCAAGGAAAUCUUUGUAUGGAUUGGGGGAUGCAUUGAGGGCGCUGGUGCCAGGGAAUCUGCAGAGUCGGCGUUUAGGAACUCAGUUGACAAGAUGAGGGGGAGGAGGACGACGACGAUGGAAGCUGCAGCAGUUGAAGGACAAAUGCCAGCCGCUCCAUUACAUAUGGACGUUGCUUGGAUUGUUGUCGACAGGAUCAUAUCUCUGCGUCAAGUGCCAACCAUGCCGGAUUGUGAACUAUUUUAUAUAUAUCAAGAAACUAGCUGGAGAAGAGCUGCUGCUUAGUCUGCGCUUUUGUUCUGCUGGAUUCUUGUUAUCUGCUAGCUUUCGUCUCGUUCCUGGCUUUUGUUUACCUAUUUUUUUAAUUAAGUUUGUGUGUUUUAAACAAUUUCUUUUAUUUAGAAGUUGGAACUUUAUGUAAUACACUAAUACCUAGCUAUUUAGAACCUCUUUCAUGUUUGAACUAUAUUGUCGAGUAUUCUGUUGAGUUUUUAAUUUAUGUUUGAGCUACUUUGAA